CUGCGUCUUCCACCCGGAGACAUAUUUGAAUAAAAUUUUAAUUGCAAGACAGCAGCACUUGGAGUUGUGGAACUUCGCGACUGCGCAGCGAAUCCACAGCUACACCUGCUGCAGCAGCAGCAGCAGCAGCAGCAGCAGCAGCAGCGUGACUGCGAUUGCGCAAAGUCCCUGCUGCGAUGUUGUGGCUGUGGGGUUCAGCAGCGGGAGAAUCUGCAUAAUAGAUUUGAAGAAAGAUGAUUUGCUGCUGCAGUUUCAGCAAGCAGCAGCACAAGGUGCAGUGUGUGCGCUGGCCUUCCGCAGCGACGCUGCAGCAGCAGCAGCAGCAGCAGCAGCAGCAGCAGCAGCAGCAACGCUCCUCAGCGGCGCCAGCAACGGAGACAUCUGCGUCUGGGGACUGCAGCAAGGCACUCUUUUAGGGACUCUUCAAGAAGCGCACAAACAAGGAGUGACGCGCAUUUUCUGCAUGCCGCGCCAGCCCCUCAUGAUCACUUCAGGCAAGGUUUAG